CCUAUAUGGUAGGAUAGGAUAGGUCGAUCACUUGCUCAUUCAUUCGCCAAGUCUCCCGACAGCGCGCAAGUGACCAUCACUCCUGCCAUGGACUCCCUGCACUCGAGCCUGCACCACCCCGCGCAGCGCGCCUGGAGCGAGCCGCACCUGCACCCGUCGCAGCUCAUGUACCCGCUGUUCGUGACGCUGCGCGCCGAGGACAAGCCGAUCCGCGGGCUCGAGCCGGAGCUGCAGUGGGGCCAGGGCGCGGACGGCAGCUUCGCGUCGCUCGUGGCGCACCUGCGCGCGCUCAUGGCCAAGGGCCUGACCAGCGUCAUGCUCUUCGGCGUCGUGGAGGACAAGGACGCGCGCGGCUCCAUGGCCGAGAGCGACGGCACGCCCGUCAUCAAGUGCACGCGCGCGCUGCGCAAGGCGCUGCCGGAGCUGCUGGUGGCCUGCGACGUGUGCAUGUGCGAGUACACGGACCACGGCCACUGCGGCAUCCUGCGCGACGUGGACGGCGAGCAGGUGCUGGACAACGCGCGCACGCUCGAGCGCCUCUCCGCCAUCGCGCUGGCCUACGCGCAGGCCGGCGCGCACAUGGUGUGCCCGUCCGACAUGAUGGACAACCGCAUCGGCGCCAUCCGCAAGACCUUCAACGAGAACGGCUUCGAGCACGUGUCCAUCAUGGCCUACACGUCCAAGAAGGCCUCGGUCAUGUACGCGCCGUUCCGCGACGCCGUCGAGUCGACGUUCCAGGGCGACCGCAAGCGCUACCAGCACCCCGUGGGCAGCACGAGCCACGCCGCGCUGGCCUUUGAGCGCGACGUGCUGCAGGGCGCCGACAGCGUCAUCGUCAAGCCCUCGCUCUUCUACUCGGACAUCGUGGCCAGCUUCGCCGCCAAGAAGACGGUACCCGUGGUCUGCUACCUCGUCUCGGGCGAGUACAAGAUGGUCAAGGACUACGGCGACUCCACCAACUCGCUCGAGAGCGUCGUGCGCGAGGCCCACCUGGGUCUGCUGCGCGCCGGCGCCAGCGUGCUCAUCACGUACUUCACGCCCUACAUCCUGGACCGCUGCGCCAAGUGGUAGAGAUAUCAGCGAAAGUGGUGGCAGCCGCAGGUAGACGUAGAAGUUGCUAGCCGCUCUCUUCAAUUCAAUCUGUCGUACUCUGAGUAGCC